GUCAGCCAUCAUGGUGAUCCACCAUUGGUGUACAUGCCGUUUUGCUGCAUCUAUCACUACACAUGCAAUCCGUUCAAUCGCUUCAAAAUCUGUCACAAAUUUAAACAUUGCUCAGUCCAAAGCCAUAUUGCCUACUCCACCAACACCAGCAUCUGAAUUUAGAACUGAAUUCCAGUAUACGAAACCCAUAUUUUGGUAUCCAUCCCAUCAAACAAAAGCUUUACAGCAACUCAAAAACGGUAUUCAUCACAUUGAUCUUGUUGUUGAAGUUCGAGAUGCUCGGAUUCCAUUGACGAGUAUCAACCACCAAUUCGAUCAUUUCUUGGCCAACCGAGAGCGAAUCGUAGUUUAUAAUAAGGCUGAUUUAGCCAAUGCAAAUAUGCGAAAACCACUCAUCGAUGCACUCAAACAAUAUCGAAACGAAGACAUUGUAUUCACAUGUGCAAACACUGGAUUGCAUGCCAAAAAAGUGCUGCAAAGAGCUAUUGAUAAAUGUAGAGAAAAUCCCGAGAGGUUUCCUUAUAUUUCCAUGAUUGUGGUUGGUAUCCCAAAUGUUGGAAAAUCAUCAUUGAUCAAUGCUCUUCGACGUUUGGGUGUCAAUAAGGGAAAAGUCACAGCUGUGGGCAAAAUUGCUGGAGUAACUACUGCCAUUCAAACUCGAGUCAAAAUAUACGAAGAUCCUCCGAUUUAUCUAGUGGACACACCUGGAAUAUAUGAUCCUCAUGUUGCCUCUCCAAUGGAAGGCUUAAAAAUAUCUCUCACUGGUGGAACAAGAGAUCGAUUAACGCAGGAAAUACAUAUAGCCGAUUAUUUAUUAUUCCGACUUAAUACUUCUUCGAAUAUUAAAAAGUAUCCCGCUGUUCUUGGUCUUGAACAUCCAACCGAUCAGAUUGACAGUGUUUUGAAACAUAUUUGUCGAACCAAGGGAUUUUUGCUUAACAAAAGAGGAAGAUUAUUCAAUCUGACAGCCAACACAGGGUCUUUUCCAUCAGAGGUUGACGAAACCACGCCAGACGAUCCAGAACAUCCAAAAAUAAUACCAGAUUCGUUUUUGGACAUAGAUAGAGCUGCGCGGUAUAUGCUUGAUAAAUAUAGAGAGGGUUUGUUUGGUCCCAUGACAUUAGAUGAUUGCUCUCCUGAUGGUCUUUUGAAAUCUCUAGCAGGAGUUUCAAACGAUGAGGAUGAUCUCGAUUGAUUAUAUGCUAUCCAACACCCUCUAUUGUUUACAGUCGAGUAAUUGGCUGCAAGUAUAGCUUUAUUUACAGCCCAAUUUGCUUAAUAAAAAUGCAUAUUCAAAGGC